AUGAUGAUGACUCCUUCAAAUCAAAGGCGAACUCAUCGGAAACGAGUCUCUGCUCUGAGACUCUCAUCCGACACAACAUCGACGCUGCCAGAGUACAUUUCAUCCACAGGGUGGCAUCGUCCAGAAUACACAGAGAACAUCCCCUCCGAUACACCCCCAGACUAUCCAGACAGUGCUGAGGAAGCCGACGAGGAUACCGAUACGGACGCCAACACCAUCUCAUACGUGCCACACACCACCACCGCCGCCUCCACCUCUCCACGCGCUCACACAGCGUCUCCCCGCCGUCCUAAACGCUUCCAACAGACGCAUAAACGGAGACAUUCGACGCAGUUGUAUUCGCGGGCCCAGUCAAACGACUCGUAUCUCGAUUCUUUGCUCGAACGAAGCGUGCAUGCGCUGGAGAUGUCGAACACCCUCCUCGAAUCCUCGAUAUCCACUUCGACGAGCCUUUCAGCUGUAUUGGCGGACGACUCCAGGGCAGAUUCAACGUUGGAAACUCGUGCUCUGAACCUGUCCUCGCGGAUCCGAGGCAAUUGGGACGUGCAGGCGUCAUGGUCGGGUGAUUUGAAUGAGAUUACGAGGCGUGUUGAGGUUCUUUUCGGGGAUGAGGAGGACGCGAGGUUUGGUGGUGGUGGUGCACAUUCUAGGGAAGGCACUGGUGUUAGUUGCAGCCUGCCGAAUAGUACCAGCCCUCCGCCACACCUUCAUCGGCCGAGGAGACGACCGUCGUUGGAUUUGCAACAAAAGUCUGAAUCGGCCGUACCCCGACUCCAUUAUUCGCAACAGGAUCGGUCGCGCCUUAUUGCGCCGCCUCCGCGUGCACUCACUCAGUAUGUUGGUUCGACUCAGGACCCAGAGGCGAUCAUACUACCAUCGACGCUUGGUUUACGUUGUCCAUCGUCCUUCCACGAGCAUCGUACUUUUUACGAGACCGCUUCGUCAUCUACGACGAGCCUACACUCUACCCCAUCACUACCUAAACUGAAUGACAAACCGUUGGAACCUUCUACGCCGGCGUACAACAUGCUUUCCUCGUUUGUUGCUCGAGCUCCUUCAUCAUCAUCCACUCCUUCAUCAAAUUUUACAUCUUCUUUCCGCCGAGGGUCAUCUAGUGCAAGCAGUAGCAGCACGGAGCCCCGCAAUUCUCGGUCCCCGCAUAAAUCGCCGGACCGGGCUCGACAGGAUGCUUGUCGGAAAGGCCAUCGACCAAUGACGCCCCCUACUGAAGAGUCAUCAUCGUCAGACGGGUGCAUCGCGAAGCAGACAAUUUUAUCCCUUCGAAAGAUACUGGACGACCAACCUCAGCCCACAAGGAGCAAAUUCCCACCUGCCCCUGCGUUCUUGCCUCGCACCCCUGCACCAGUGGCAGAUGCCGCCACCUCCACAGCGACUGCCUCCAUUUCUCGUCUUUUCACCAAAGGUACACAUUCUUCGUCUACGCGACCUCCUUCGCCACCUAGACACUCUUCGAUGAAACGGGCGAGCAGCGCGAACCCUUCGCCGUCGCCUACGGUGCUCAGCAUCCCGGACAUGUUGUCUGUUUUUGGUGGUGGGAGUACGCCGAGCUCGGGACGGUCUACGCCUAAGCGGAUUAGUUUUGCGGCGCUGCCGGAGUCGUAUAUUAGUACGAGACCUGAGGGGUCUUUGACCAAGUUCAAUAAGCAGAAGCAGAGGCGGCGGAAAAGGGGUGCUGGGACGACGGUGGUGGGGGAGGGAAAGGGGAAGGAGGGCGAGGAAGGUGCUGGGUGGUGGAGUGGGUGGUUGUUGAGUGGGGGUGGUGGUGUGGGUGGGACGCCCCAUGGGCUUACGAUGAGUCUUGCUAGGCAGGAAGAGAGGGUGCAGGAUCGGGUGACGAGGAAUUGGAGUGGGAGGGGGUAUGGUGGUGGGUUGGAUGAGUGGGCUGUUUGA